AUGGGUGAAGGAAGUAAGGGUAUAGACAAGAAAGACAAAAAGAGAACAUUCGACAAGAUGAAGCAAUCUCAAAGCAGAGCAGGCUCCACAGGCAGAGAACAGGAGUUCAAUGGAAAGAAGAGAGAAAAUAAGGGAUUCCAAAAGAAGUCAAAGCAGGACAGAUUUAAUGGAAGAGAUGGAAAUGCCAAUAAAAUUGAUAAGAGCAGAGAAGGCAUCAAUAGCAAGAAAUCUGCUAUUGCCAACUCCAAGUUUGAGGUUGUCAAGUAGGAUGAGCCACAAAAGUAUACCAAAAAGAACUUUAACAAGCCAACAGGUGCUCCAGGCACUAUGAACAGAAGAUAAAAGCAGAAAGUCUCUGAUCUAAUCAAGAAACUCAGAGUGAACUACAAUAAAUUGAUCAUCAAGAACAGAGAUAAGAGAAUGGAGAAGGGAGAGAAGUGCGAGCUGGUCAAGGAGUGCAUUGAGUUGAUUGGACUUAAGUUUGAAGAGCUCUUAUAUAAGCAUGAUGGAUGCAGAAUAUUGCAAGCCUUGCUUAAGUAUGGUAAUAAGGAGCAGAAGACCAAGGUAGUCGAAAGCAUCAAACCACAUUACUUGCAUGUUAUGAGUUAAAAGUACUCUCAUUACUUGGCAUCGAAAGCCUAUCUACAUGCUCCCAUGCCUGAGUAAAAGCAGUACUUCAGAACAACUGUCACAACAGAGAUCAACAAAUACAUUAUACAUGCUUAUGCAUCUGAAGUUAUUGAGUAUAUUUAUGGCCUCUCCACAGAUCAGGAAAAGAGAGAAAUGGUCUUUUCAUUCUAUGGAAACUACUUCCUUCUUUUGAAAGAGGUUGAGGAAGAUGGAAUCAAUACAAAAAACAUCACUCUUAAGGAGUUUCUAGAUAAAAAGCCCUAACUUGCUGACUAAAUUCUCCACAAACUUGAAAAGGUAUCUCAAAAAGUAGUCGAGAAAGGUUUGACCAGACACACUAUCGUCCAAGCUAUCCUCUACGAUUUCUUCAAGACUGCUAAGGAUGUUGAGAGACUCAAGAAUAUUGCAGAUUCAUUGAAGGAAGCACUUCCAACACUGCUAGCUUCAUACAAGGGUCUUUAUGUAGCCUGUGCUUGCUUCAAUCUCUUGGAUGCAAAGGAUAGAAAAACUGUCAUUAAGAGCUUGAAAGAUGUACUGAAUGAAAUGCUUACCAACAAAAUCAGUCACCUCUUCGUCAUCCACAUCCUCAAUAAUCUAGAUGAUACCCAACUAGCAAAGAAGAAGAUUAUUACUGAAAUUUUGAAAAAUAUCGAUGAAUUCAUUAGUGAUAAAUACUAUCAGCAAGUGAUCAUUGGAGUGUUGCAACCAAGAAGCAAAAGAUACUUCAUCGCUGAGGAAUUAGAAGCCUUUGAAGCCUUGAAAGAGCAUACUUCCAGCAAGAAACCAGAGGAGGUUAGAAGAGCAGAGCUCUUAAAAUGCCUUCUCAAGCCACUUGAAGCUUUCUUUGAGGAAAAUUUGUCUUAUUAUUUGCUUGAAAUCAACAAGAACUAAGUAUUGAAGUGUGUCCUUUAGUGCAUUAUUGAAGUUGGUUGUGGAGUUGAGCACCAAGACUUGAUUGAUGAGAUGUUCAGACAGGCCAUUAAGAAGGAGGCUUAUGAGAAAGAAGGAGGUGAGAAAGGCAUUCUCCUCGGUCAUCAAGAUCUACACAGAGUCCUCAAGGAGUUAGUCAAGCAGGAAAGAGAGCAAGAAGACACCAAGGAAACACUAACAUUCAGCAACACAAUCGGCUCAGUCUUAUUAAAGAACUUCGAUGAUGUUAUCAGAUCAAGAGCAGUUUUCAUUCUUUUGGAGUUGAUUGAACACGAGGAGACAAAGGCAAUAGUGCUUUCAUAAGUUCAGAAAAAUAAAAAGACAAUUGAGAAGAUCAGGAAAGAGCUACCCAAAGCCAAAGGUAUAGAAAUUCUCCUCAAGAAGCUUUGA